CGCCGAGUUAAACAGAUUCAUAACCUGUGAUAAAAAUAGCUCGGUGCCAUGCUAUCCUUUUCCACCGCCUCUUCUCCCCAACCCCUCCCAGUAGAGGUUCCCUGUCGUCUGAUACUGCUCAUGUUCACCGAGAACCGAGGACCGUGUAUAACAACAACAAGCGCUGUUAGCCAAUCAGAGCUAGGACCAGCUGGCUCACACUCCCUGGCACUGCGGGCUGUGUAGAUCUGAUGCAAACAUGCCUGAAGUUCCUGCACGGGAAAGCGAGCUCACCGAAAAGAUACCAAAGAAAAGGUCAUUAGAGGAUAUAUAUGAUUAUCAUCCCAGAAAGAGAGCGUGCUGGGGCAUUUUAACUAGUCAAGGUUCCUGGGCUGACCGUUCCCCGCUCCAUGAGGCAGCAUGUCAGGGUCGUCUGCUGGCUCUCAGGACUCUCAUCUCACAGGGUUAUAAUGCAAACAUCAUCACCAUUGAUCAUGUGACUCCACUGCAUGAGGCCUGUCUGGGAGACCAUGUUGCCUGUGCCAGGAUACUCAUUCAGGCUGGUGCAAAUGUGAAUGCUACAACCAUUGAUGGAGUGACGCCAUUGUUCAACGCCUGUUCGGCAGGCAGUUCAUCAUGUGUUGAAGUUCUUCUGGAACACGGAGCUAAGCCACAGUCUGAAGCAUGCCAGCCGUCACCUAUCCACGAGGCGACAAGUAAAGGGAAAGCAGCAUGUGUAGAAGCACUGCUUGCUUGGGGUGCAGACGUAGACUAUGAGAUUCCACAUCUGGGUACUCCACUCUAUAUUGCCUGUGUCUCUCAGGAGCUCCAGUGCACACAGGCACUUCUAGAUGGAGGAGCCAAUGUACAGAAAGGUCACUUCCUGGAGACUCCUUUGCACGCUGCUGCUCAGAAGGAUUGCACAGACGUCAUUAAAGUCCUGCUGGAGUUUGGGGCCAACAUCAAUGCCAAAAACCUGGAGCUGAAGAGACCGGUGGAGACAGCGCCCCCUAGCAGCUUAGCAGAGGGCCUGCUGCUACUCUAUGAAGCAACACCUCGCUCCCUGUUGCAGCUGUGUCGUCUGAGCAUCCGAGACUACCUGGGCCGCUCCAGACUGCACCUCAUUACCCAGCUCAAGCUGCCCACACUCCUUAAGGGAUUCCUGCAGUAUAGAUAGACACGCCCAGCGCCCAAAUCAUCCCCCCUCUCUCUUUCUCUCUCUCUCACUCUCUCUCUCACACAUACACAUACACACACACACACACACUCACUCACUCUGUAUGUUUUCAUGUCAUCUCUCACAGUUUCUUUGACCUCCCAGUGGCCUACAUAUUUAUUUUCUGUACUAUUUGCCGUGGCACGGUGCAUGUAACACUUCUCCACUCUAGUGUUGUCGGUAACUUGUGUAACUUCUAUGUGUACUAAGUAUGUUGAAUGCUUUUCUCUGGGCGUUAAAGAAGAAAUCCAGGGAGUUUUCACAUAGAUCUCCAUUUAUCGAGGUCACCGAGUACUGUUGGUACGAAAAAAAAACCUGAAAACAAUCAGUUUUACCUAGCUCGAGUUGCUACAGCCAGCAGCUAACGCAGCCAGGCAGCUACAGCGCUACACUCUGGGGCAUGUAUGUACAUGGGAACUCACAGAUGGCUGUAGCAACUCGUGCUAGGUAAAACCGAUUGUUUUCAUUUUUUUUCAUACCAACAAUACUCGGUGACUUCGAGGAACAUAGAUCUAUGUGAAAACCUGCCAGACUUCUCCUUUAAGCCUUAAUGCCAGGAUGAUCGAUGAGGAAAUGGAACUGUGCUGAAAGCAUCAUUUUAAAUUUAAUACUCACUAUGUGACAAGUAGACAAGUAAGAUUUACAUAGAGACACUCCCUACGCAGGAGUGAGAGCGUGUUAUUCAAAACGGCUUCUCAUCAUAUGUCUGCAAUGUGGUCAUUUGCAUCAUGGCAGUCGGAUAUGUGAACUAAAGAGCCAUGACUCACUCAAACCCUCCCUGAUAUUUUCCCCCUUAGUUUUAGUUAGUGUGUUAAGUGCUGACACUGAUCAUGAAGAUUUGUGAGUUUUGGUUAUGGGUGAUUGUCCAUUCGGACACGCCUGAGAGUCCAGUUUAAUAUCCAAGUGUCGACCAAGAGUAGACCAAAUGUGGAACAAAAACUGUAAUUGGGUUCUAACCCUAGGAAGAUUUGGUCUGGAACUAAAUUUAUCUUAAUAAUUAUUUUGGGCUUGAAACAACUUAUGGUAUUCAACAGCUGUGGUAUGGAAAUACCUCAAAUACAUGCUUGAUACAGAAUGGCCCAAACAGCCUCAGUUGUAAUAUAUGUAUGUAUGUAAAAUAACCCGACAUUGUAAAGUUUGUGUCAAAUGUGAAGGGACAAAAAAAGUAAGGAAAGUGCUUGUGCCAAGGACUGUGGGCAUUGGUCCUGUUGUCCUCUAAAACUACUGCAAAUCUACUCUACUGAUCACUGAUUUUUGUGCCAGUCCCUAAUGCACAGAUGUCAUUUCAGAUGUGAAUUGUUGUUGAAUCUUAUUUCUUGUCAGUCAGUCAUGAAAAGUAUAUUGUGUGUGUGUGUAUACAUUUUACAUACAUAUCAGUGACAUUCAGAGAAAGUCAAUUUCAUUUGUGUCAAAUAAAUGUUGACCGAUGCUACAAA